AUGCAUGGGGAUAAACAGGCACGGGAGCUGGAAGCAGUGCCGCUGUCUGACGGGACCAUAUCCCGGCGCAUCACGGACAUGGCCCAGGAUAUCAAGUAUCAGCUGAUUGACAGAGUGAAGAAAGGGAAAUAUGCUUUGCAGUUAGACGAAUCCACAGAUAUGUCAAACUCUGCCCAACUGCUUGUUUUCGCCAGAUACAGUUUUGAUGGAAAACUUGAUGAGGACAUGCUGUUUUGCACCCCGCUGGAGCUAAAGUGCACAGGCGAGGACAUUUUCACAAAACUUGACAACAAAAUAAAAGAAGAGAGACUGUCUUGGGAUGAGUGCAUCGCUGUGUGUACAGAUGGUGCUGGAGCAAUGCUGGGGAAAAAGAGAGGACUAAAAGCAAGAGUCUUACAAGUGGCGCCCCAUGUUAUCUUUACGCACUGUAUUAUCCACAGAGAAGCUCUAGCGAGUAAAACGCUUGACCCAGAGCUUAAAAGUGUUCUUGAGACGGCGAUAAAAAUGGUCAACUACAUCAAAUCCCGUCCACUCAAUACCAGGCUGUUCGCCAAUCUCUGCAACGAACUGGGAUCGGAGCAUCAGGGCCUGCUGUUCCACACAGAAGUCAGGUGGCUUUCAAGGGGAAAUGUUCUCAGCCGCCUGUAUGAACUGCUGGACGAGGUGCGCUUAUUUCUUACGGAGCAUGGGUCCCAGCUCGCUGACCACCUGACUGACCCUGACUGGUUAACAAGGCUGGCAUAUUUGUCUUGCAUAUUUGACAGACUGAAUGGACUUAACCUGUCAUUGCAAGGUGAAAACACAAGCAUCAUGUCUUUGAAUGAUAAAAUCUGUGCAUUCAAGAGGAAAGUGGAUCGCUGGACUGCGCGAGUUGAAAUGGGCAGGAUUGAUAUGUUUCCUGAGCUGGAGGAAUUCAUAGAGGAAAAUGAUCUUAGUGUUAACUCUGUGAAGAAGUCUAUCCCUACCCACCUGCAAGCCCUCCUGGAACACUUUAACAAGUAUUUCCCAGAGGAAGCAGCUCCGGAAAAAUAUGACUGGAUAAGAUCACCAUUUACCGUAACGACCGCAAGUCAUCUGUCAUCCGACAUGGAGGACGCACUGACUGAACUGUCAAGUGACCGCACAUUAAAGACAGCUUUUAAUGCGAAGAUGCUUGCUGAGUUCUGGAUUUCAGUUGAGAGGGAAUACCCACAGCUUUCCAAGGCCGCGAUGGACGUUCUGACGCCGUUUGGCUCCACAUACCUGUGCGAAAAGACUUUCUCGGCACUGACAUACAUAAAAAACAAAUACAGAUCUCGUCUAAACGUGGAGGAUGAUCUCCGAGUGGCCGUCUCCAAAAUUAAGCCCAGGAUGGAUUUGCUGUGCUCCAUGCAUAUUGCCCACCCGUCUCAUUAG